AUUAAGUUUCCAAAAAUGCAUUUUCACAAUUGCUUCUAAUUCAGACACAAGGCCAGCAAUUUUGAAGGAAGGGGUUAGAUGAUUAAAUUGACCUCAGUACAUGACUGGUACUUUAUUUUAUCAAUCUCCAAGGGACGAUAAGCAAAGACAAACUCAAUGGAAUUUGAAUUCAGGACGUAGAGCUGGAAGAAAUGUCAUUAAACAAUUUGUCUGAUGUGUUUAUGGUUCUGCCAACUCACCAUUUAGUAAGAACAACACUUGCUAAGAAUUUUGUUCAGUAUGCUAACAAUUCUGCCAACUUGCUGCCUUAAUAAUAAUGAUAAUAAUAAUAAUAAUAAUAAUAAUAGUUUGGGAUAUGCUUGUCUAAACUGACAAGGAGAUUGAGGUGGACCAUCCAGACAUAAUAAUAACAGAUUGGAAAAGCUAAAUUACUUGAAAACUGCUGGACAUAAUGAUCCCUUUUGAUGGAAAUAUUGUUUGGGGAGAAUUGGAGAAACUAUUGAAAUACAAGGAUCGUGAAAAUGAAAUGUUUAAGUGGUGGGGUAUGGAGAUUAAAAUAAUACCAGAGGUAAUUUGGAGCGUUAGGCUUGAUAAAAAAAAAAGAAAUAUGGAAAGAAGAAACACAGAAGCUAUACCAGAGCUCAUGACAGUAUAUUUAUGUGACGCUGGGAAACUUUUCUUCAAAAUUGCCAGAAAUUUUCAAUAUAGAUUAGUAAAUAUUGCACAAUUGAAAGGAAUUGAAAGGAAAUUUCUGACUCAGAUUGUAACAAAAAUGCUUGUAUUUUAACUCCCAGAGAGUAAUUAAAAGAAAUUGAGAUAUUUAAUGACAGUUGUAAUUAAUAAUAAAAAAAAUAAUUAUACAUGUAACUGUAGCUGCAAUUAAAGAUAUAUUUUGCUGCAGCUUUUAAUUAAAUAUCCUUUAUACAUGGUGUGGCUGUGUGUUAAGAAGUUUGCUUCACAACCACAUGGUUCUGAGUUCAGUCCUACUGUAUGGUACCUUGGGUAAGUGUCUUCUACUACAGCCUCUGGCUGACCAAAGAUUUGUGAGUGGAUUUGGUAGAUGGAAACUGAAAGAAGCUCAUCCUGUGUGUCUGUGUGUCUUUGUUAGUCUUACACCAAUGCUUGACAACCGGUGUUGGUGUGUUUAUAUCCUGGUAACUUAGCAGUUCAACGAAAGAGACUAAUACACUAAAUACCAGACUUAAAAAGUGAAAAAUAAGUGCUGGGGCCAAUUCAUUCGACUAGAAAUCAUUGAAGAUGGUACCCCAGCAUGGCCACAGAUACAAGAGAAAAUGUAAUCUCAGCUGUAAUUAAAAGAGGUUUUUACAUAUAGCAACUGAUGUAAUUAAAAAUAUUAAAUGUAGAACCUUAGCUAUAAUUACAAAAUAAUAUACUCUGAUCUAAUUAAAAAUUUAUGCUUGUAAUCAUUGAUGUAAUUAAAAGCAGUUUAUGUACGAGGGGGUACCCCCCCCCCCACAAACUGGAAGUUUGCAAUAUUAUUUUAUUCACUUAGUUUUACAUGUUUACACUUAGUUUUUUCCUUCUCAGUCUUCUCCAUUUGAAGCAAUGCCUUGGCUCAGGAGCGUUUCCCACUGUUCAAAGCAGUCCUGGAACUCUUGUGAAGUGAUGCUUGUGUUUUGAUCGUGGUAGCAUCCUUGUAAGUUGCAAGGCUAAAAAAGAAAAAAAAGCCCUGAAGGCAGUGCUCCAGCGUGGUCGUAGUUAAAUGACUGAAACAAGUAAAAGGAAAGAAUAUACAUGUGCUUGAAUGUAUGCAUGAGUGUAACACACUCCAGAGCCAAAGAUCUUUCCUCUACCUCUCUGUCUCUAUCUCUCCCCUCUCUCUAUCUAUCUAUCAAUCCCUUUCUCUCUUUCUAUCUAUCUGUCUGUCUGUCUAUCUAUCUCUCUCUCUCUAUUAAUCUACCUAUCAAUCCCUUUCUCUCUCUAUCUAUCUAUCAAUCCCUUUCUCUCUCUAUCUCUCUAUCAAUCCCUUUCUCUCUCUCUCCGUCUGUCUAUCUGUUUCUCUUUCUGUCUGUCUGUCUGUUUGUCUAUCUGUCUCUCUCUCUCUCUCUAUCAAUCUACCUAUCUCUCUGUCUGUCUCUCUAUCUAUUUUUUGUUGUAGUGUUGGCGAGUUCCAGGAUAAGUUAUAUAGUUGCCGGUCGGAAGGUGGCCGAGUGUGAACAGCCAUACAUUGUCCAUUUGCUGAUUACAAAGACCAGCAACGAGAACUUCAACUGUGCUGGGACGAUCGUGGAUAACAGCCACAUAAUCACAGCGGCUCAUUGUAUCUCCAGUGAUGUGAAAUAUGUCUACAUUCUGUAUGGUUCAGUUUCAAAGUCGAAGUUUACGUCUAUCGUCCGCGUUUCCAACUACACUGUACACAAGAUGUUCGAGAAAACGGACGACAACAUCUUGAAUGAUGUUGCCCUCCUGACCCUCAGCACACCACUGCAGUUCAAUAAAUGCCUGCAGCCCGUUCAGUUGGCCACAGCUUGUGAGAAAUAUCAGGGAGACUGUCUCAUCUCAGGAUGGGGGAAAACAAGCACUUUAGGUGAAGAGCCAGACACUCUACAGACAGCAGAAGUAUCGCUGAUGGACCAAGGCAAAUGUGCAGCUCAUUUGGCAAUCAAGGAACAGCAGAUAUGUGUUGGUACAGGGAAAGUCAACAGUGAAGCUAUUUGUCGGGGAGACUCUGGAGGUCCGCUAGUUUGUACAAGUGCCAAAGACGGCAGCAGGGUCCUUGUGGGUGUUGCAUCUUUUGGCUGGACCUGUACCGAAGGGGUAUCAGUUUUCGCACGAGUCUCAUAUUUCAAAGACUGGAUUAAAACCAAUCUGAGAUCUUGGAAUUAAGUUGGAUUUCAAACCAGUUUGAACUACUUCUUUCAUUUUGGACAACAACAACAACAACGGUUUCAAAUUUUGCCACAAGAGUAGCCAUUUUGGAAGAGGGAAUGAGUCAAUUACAUUGACCCUGGAAGGAUGAAAGGCAAAGUCGACCUCGGCGGAAUUUGAACCUAGAACAUUGCGAUGGGCGAAAUACUACUAAGCAUUUUGUCCAGUGUGCUAACGAUUCUGCCAGCUCACCACCUUAAAAUAAGUACCAGUUGAACACUGGGGGUUGGUGUGAUCAACUCCUCCCCUCCCCUCCUCACAAAAUUGCUGCCCUUGUGGCGAAAAAUUUGAAACCAGUAAUAAUUAAUAAAUAUUGCAAUGAUGGCCCCUUUUUUUCUUAAUAAAAUGAUACAUCUGCACACAUAAA